GGCGUCCGCCUGUAGCCAGGAGUAUAAGCAAUUGCCCCGCCGUAUGUCUGUGCCAAUAAUCACAUUUAUUGUCUGUCUGGAUUUGACCUGAAGUUUCCAGCUGGUAUUAUUUGAUAUUUAGGACAUCUAUAAUUUUAUUCGGGGUAUCUACUACUAUCUGGAUGUACAUUGUACACGUGGAUUAUUUUCCAGUCUGCAAGGCGAAGAAUAAACCGUUGGCUUUAUUAGAGCAAGCAUGGGGUCCAAGAAAUAUGCCUUCUCUUUAUCUCUGCACCAAACCAGGUGAUUCUAAAAAAGGCUUCCCAAAAGAUAAGGGGAAGGUCAUAACUAACUGUAAACCUGAUGCAGCUGUAAAAUUAACAGAUGAAGAUCUGAAAAAAUCCUUGGCAAUGAAAACUUUGGUAAAGUUUCCUCAGAAGGCACAGUUUCCUUUUGAGAUAACACCAGUUUUCUCUUCCACAAAAGGCUUAGGGAAGAGGUUAACGGAUGAAGAACCAUUCUCUUCAUCUAGUUCUGAAUCAGACUCUAGCUCUGAUUCCGAAGAUGAUGACUUCAAAGAGAAGCCACACAGACAAAAAGAACUCCGCCACACAACUGACAAUAAGCAGUUAGAAUCAGAUAUGAUAAAAACUGCUUCACAACAAAGGCCUAAAGAAAUACAUUUAAAGAGCAAGAACUUAGGCAUAGUGAAUGCAGAGAGUCAAAAGCCAACAGAAGUUUCAUCUGGAAGCCUGGAAGUAUCUCUCUCUGAAACUGAUCCACGGAGAACUCCACAAAAUAUAUCACAAAAUCUGGAACAGGAUGAAAACAUUACAAAGAAAAUGCAAAAAACUAAGAUGCAAGAGAUAAUUUUUGAAGAACCAAGGCCUGAAGUUUCAAAGGAAAGAAUUCCAGUGAUAAAAAACACCCUGAAGGAGGAGAUCAUCCCAGAAGUAGAAGCUCAGAUUGAAGAACAAAGCACUCCACAGGUGGCCAAGCCAUCACAUGAAACUGCUCAAGAAACAUAUGACAUUUCUACCUACAAGAACCUGCAGCACCAUGAAUAUCAACCAUUCACUUUUGUGGAUUUUGAUGUCUUGUUGUCAAAAUUCAGGCUUCCUCAGCCAUCUUCUGGGAGGCUAUCUCCAAGACAUUGAACUAAUUGUGGGAAACAAAUAAAUUCCGACAAAACAUGCUUGUGAGUGUUAUAAAUUAAUAUUAGCAUUAAUUCCUCAGUUAUUGCUGAUUGUAUGACAAAUUAGUUCUAAUAAUUAAUAACUUGAUAAUUCCCUUAGUUCAUGCUACUGUGCAAUAUCAUACCACACUGGUGGUAAAUAUCUAUGUAAUCCUGGUUCAUAAAAUUUAUGCAGAGUACAAAUUAAUUGGUAUUGAAUGCUGAUGAAGUAUUUUUAAUUAGAUUAUGGUGAGUAUAUUUGUUUUGCUAAUGAUGCAGUUUUAGAAGCCUAGUACCAUUUGCUGAACUAUGUUAUUUUAUCCUAAAGUAAUAUAUAAUGAAUGUUAUUAUAAAAGAUAUAAAAAUAAUUGGCUUUAUGUUUGUAAAAGCCUGAUUCUGAGUAUGGAUGAAUGAGGAUGGAUUGCCUGCACUAAAGUAAAGGGAAUUGGCAUGUAACACUGUUCCCUUAAUUUCUACAUGAGAUUUAGCUUGAUAUCGAAAACUUUUUGGGAGAUUAAUAUCAAAUUAAAGACUUCAAUAGGGGA